ACGACAAGCAAACUAGUUUUUGUUAAUCAUGUCUGUUGAAUCCUCGGAAGACCAAACUACUUUGGUUGAAAGCUCUACUCCACAACCUCCCAGAGGCUACCUUGCCAAGGAUCAAAUCGAAUAUGAAUUCGGGGGUCCAGUAGGUGCUAUUGGGAUGAUGGUUGGAUUCCCUUUAUUGAUGUGGUACAUGUGGUUAAGUGCACAAUUCUACAACGGUAAACCGGCCUGGCCUUCAGCUGACCAAUCCUGGUCUGACUUUAUCACCGUUGACUUGUGGAAUUUGUUUGUUGAACACGGAUUACCUUCUUUUAAAGUAUGGUUAUUCUUUACUGUUUUCAUUGUUACCCAAGCUGUUUUCUACUUGACUUUACCUGGUGUUUGGACAAAAGGUCAACCAUUAACCCAUUUGAACAAUCGUCAAUUGCCUUACUUUUGUAAUGCAAUUUGGAGUUUCUAUACUUCCAUUGUAUUGCUGUUGGUAUUACAUUUCACUGGGUUAUGGAAAAUUACCUUUAUUUUGGACAAUUUUGGGGCCAUUAUGACCACAGCAAUUUUCUAUGGUAUUUCCCUUUCCAUUAUCUUGUACUUGAUUUGUCUUUAUGUUACUGGUGAUUACCAUCGUAUGACCGGGAACCACAUCUACGAUAUGUUUAUGGGUGCUCCAUUAAACCCAAGAAUUGGACAAUACCUUGAUCUCAAGAUGUUCUUUGAAGUUAGAAUCCCAUGGUUUAUCUUAUUCUUCACUUCAUUAGCCUUGUGCUUCAAACAAUAUGAAACCUAUGGCUAUGUCUCCCCACAGGCCGUGUUUGUCUUGUAUGCCCAUUGGCUUUAUGCUAAUGCCUGUGCUAAAGGUGAAGAAUUGAUUGUCCCAACUUGGGAUAUGGCUUAUGAAAAGUUUGGAUUCAUGUUAUUGUUCUGGAACAUUGCUGGUGUCCCAUUUACUUAUUGUCACUGUACUUUGUUCUUGGCAUACCAUGAACCAAAAGAAUAUCAAUGGCCAGUCUAUUACAACAUCUUGUUGUUUGUUGUUCUUACUGUUGCUUACUACUUCUUUGAUACUGGUAACCGUCAAAAGAAUAGUUUCAGAAGAACAAUGGCCGGUAACACUACUCUUAGAAAGACAUUCCCAUAUUUGCCUUACUCCGAUUUGGUUAACCCACUGUAUAUCAAGUGCGAAAAUGGUUCUGUAUUAUUAACUGACGGUUGGUAUGUCUAUGCCAGAAAGAUGCAUUAUACUGCUGAUUACAUUCAAACUUUAACCUGGGCCUUAAUGUGUGGAUUUAGUUCACCAUUCCCUUGGUUCUUCCCUGUGUUUUUCUUUAUCGUGUUGGUUCAUAGAGCUUAUCGUGAUCAAAGAAAGUGCCAAAAGAAGUACGGUAAGGAUUGGGACAGAUAUCUUGAAAAAUGUCCUUACAUGUUUAUUCCUUAUGUUUGGUAAGGAAACGAACUGUUGGCUGCAUAGAGUAAAAAUAUAGCAUUAGGGAUUAUUUUAUAGCAUUCAAAAAGAAAACACACUUUAAUAUUACGCCUUGUAGUUUAUUACUUCAAAUAUAAUGACUUGAAAUAGAGAACAGUAAAUACUAAGUUUCAGUAUAUUUAUUUUGUGUAGUGUAAAUACUUGAGCUAAUCCCUUUCAGCAAUUGCCACUAAUCUUUCGUCGAUUUCUUCAGGGGACAAAAUACGGAAUCCAUCCUUGCUAGCUACACCAAUUUCAAUAUCAUUCUUUCUAAAUUCUGUACCAACAACAUUACUCAAGGCAAUGAUAGAAAACUCUACAGUUUCCUUCCAAUCACCGUUGAUACAAUCAACCUUCUUAAACUUCUUUUCUAAAUAAGUAGUAGCUUCUUGUUGUUUAGGACCAGUGGCCACGGCCUUAACCCCAGUAUAGUAACCCGCUGGAUCACACUUAAAUAUUUGUGGGCCUCUUCCUUCUUCUUCAUCAAACUGACAUAAUGUUAAUGCAACCCCGAGUGGUCUCAUGUAUGCUCUUUGCGUAUACAAUUGAGAUAAAUUGGCCAAUCUCUUGGACAAUCCUUCGACGGGGAUUUCGUAACCGUAUUUAUAUCUAAAUUCACUAGCUUCGGACCUGGCUCUCAAUGCCUGGGCUCUGGCAUCAGCAAUUGACCCAGUAGCGACAAGACCAAUGGAUGGCGUGAUUUUGAACAUGUAUGAUACGGUGGCUGGGUCGAGUAACUUAUCUGGUAUUUUCUUUUGCAGAAUUAAUACAGCACAAUCAGUACCGGUGAUACCCAUGGAAGUGAUGUUGGACGAAUUGAUGGCUUUGAAUGCAUAUUCUACCUGAUAGAGUCGACCUUCGGGCGAAAAAAUCGUAAUGUGUCUAUCGAAACCUGCUGCUGAUGAGGACAUUAUAUGUGUAUGGUUGUGGCAAUGUUAG